UGUUGAAAAAACAACAGCAGAAACAGAAGUACAGUAAAGACCUUCACAGUGAAUCAGAUGUGCUCUAAACAUCAGUUGGGACUCUGACAUUUACCUUGAAGUCCUCAAUUUAGGACCGCAGCGUUCAAGAUGAACAGAAAACCAACCGCACCGACUGAGGAAAUUGAGGAAGAAGAUGGUUAUGUUAACUCAACAGUAUGUUCAGUGAAUAAAACAGCAGCCACUCCAGACCAGAAGUUUGGCUCCUUCAUUCGGUCUUCUUCACCAGUGGCAGGGUGUUGGGUGAUACUGAUCGUUAUCAUGGCCCUUCGUAUCUACUUUACUUCGGUCAUUUCUGCAGAAACAACUCAGAGGAACAACCAGUUAAACGAAAACCUAACGACUCUCCUGGAGAUCAAUCUCAACCUGACAAACAUCAACCACCAGCUGAACGCAACCGUCAAAAAUCUGAUGGUCCAGUUUGACAAACUGAAUAAAUCCUGUGCUGCCUUAACGACAAACAAGAUGACUGAGAAGGUGCAAGACAUGGAGAGUGAGUUCAACGUCAGUCGAGCUCAGUGGAGCAUUGAUCAGUACUGCCCCCUAAAAAGAGACGUCAGAGUCCAGUGUUACCCUUGUCAGGUGGGCUGGUCUCAGGAGAAGUCCAGCUGCUACACAGCCAGUUUGUCUUUGCCUGAUUAUCAGAAAACCUGGGAUGAAGCUCAAGCAGACUGCAAAGAAAAGAUUUCAAACCUGGCUGUCAUUAAUAAUGACAGGGAAAAGGAGUACAUUGUUAAAAUGGGUUGGAACAACAAAGAGAUCAAUGGAUACUGGAUUGGCCUGAGAGUUGUAGAUGGGAAGUGGACGUGGGUCGACGGAAGUGAUCUGACUGACAUCUCCUGGAUACAACCAGCGACUCCUACUGAAGGUCACUGUGCCAUUUCUGUCCAGAACCAAGGACUGAAAUCGGUGAGCUGCGGUGACAGGUACGCCUGGAUCUGUGAAAAGAAGGCUUUGUCUAUUGCACCAGUGAUGUAAAACUUGAGAUGGUUUCCAGUUACUAAAGAUGAGCUACAUGUAAGAGAAUAUCAGCUGGUUUGUACGUAUCAAACGUGUGCACGUGCUCCAUGUGUGAAUGUCUUUCUUCUGCUUUACUGUGUUGCGAUAUAUUGAUGAAUGGGACCAAAAACCCCACAAAUGUAGUUGUUAAUAAUAAUGAUUAAUAAUAACAGAAAUUCUUACUGCUUACUGGCCAACAGGGGGGCGUCGUGUAACUCUUUCUCAGCAGACUGACUCCAGAGCUGUUUUCUCAUGCAUUUAUAUUCUAAUGGAAAAAUAAUUCAUGUGCAAAGGCGAGAGUGAAGUGAAAUCUGUGCAUCUAGAAGCACAUUUUCUGAUUCUCUGUUAUGAUGAAUAAAAAAAGCUGCCACACAUUCCUGUUUCUUAUGUAU